AUCACGUUGGCAGCACAACGAGUCGACCGACCCUCAGUCUCCGUCUUUGCAGCUACUUCUUUAGAGCCGAUCGACGCUUUUCAAACGCGACGGUGACCUGAGAGUGCACUAGCAGGCGGCCAGCGUCUCGUCGAGAGCGGCCAGUCGGCAUGGCCGUGUGAUGGAGUGUCCGCAUCUCGAUGUGGGCGCCGAGGUGGAGGCGGCUGCCCGCUCGUCGGCAGCGGCCGGGGGCGGCAAGUGCGACGGCUGCGAUGCAACGCAAAGCCUUUGGUUGUGCCUGACGUGCGGCGCGCUCAACUGCGGCCGCUACGUCGCCGGACACGCCAAGGCGCACUACGAGGACACCGGCCACGCGACCGCCCUCGACUGGACGGCGCUGUCCGUCUACUGCUACACCUGCGAUGAGUACGCCGUCAACGACAACCAGCGGUUGACCGCCGUGAGGGCGGCCAGGUCGGCACCGGCGCCCCGGCGCUCCCUGAGACCGCGCAAGCCCACCAAGCGUUCACCCACCGGCAGACAGGAGGAGAAUGAGGAGGAGGAGGUGGAGGAGACGGCCACCAAGAGGCCCAAGGAGGUGCGCGUGGUUGGUCUGCGCAACCUGGGGAACACGUGCUUCAUGAACGCCGUUUUGCAGUCGCUGAGCAACAUUCAAGAGUUUUGUGGCUACUUUAAGAAGCUGCCAGCUCUUGAAGCCAAAGAUGGCCGGGGAAGACUUGCUUAUCGCAACUUGCGGUACGACGAGAGUGACAGUCUGAUGACCGAGGAGCUGCGAAAGGUGCUGGUUAGCCUCGACAGCGGCGACAAGGCUGCUAUCUCACCAGAGUCACUCUUCUCCGUAAUCUGGAAAGUGGUGCCUCGCUUCAGAGGUUACCAGCAGCAGGAUGCCCAUGAGUUCCUGCGCUACAUGCUGGACCGGCUGCACACCGAGCUGCUGACAUUGCUGCCAAACGAGCCUGCCAACCACUCGAUUGUGACCAGCGUGUUUGGCGGCACCCUGCAGAGCGAGGUGCACUGUCUCACUUGCGGCACCGACUCUAAAAAACACGACCCCUUCCUUGAUCUGUCCCUCGACGUACCCGACAGAUUCCUGCCGAACAGAACGAAGAGCAAGGAAAACACCGAGGAGUGUGCAGUUUCAUGCCACCUUGAAGACUGCUUAAAGAGCUUUGUUGAAGUGGAAGAACUGGCCGAGUCAGAGCUUUACUACUGCAGCUCGUGCAAAAGCAAGCAACGCUCAACGAAGCGCUUCUGGAUCCGCAGAUUGCCCAAUGUGCUCUGUCUGCACAUAAAGCGCUUCCGCUGGUCUUUCUGCGCGCGUACCAAGCUCGACACUUAUAUUUCAUUCCCGUUGCACGCGUUGGACAUGUCCCAGUUCGUUCUGGGGCAGCCCGACAGCCACCUCUAUGACCUGGCUGCUGUGAUAGUUCACCACGGAUCAGGUGCCGGGUCUGGCCACUACACUGCAUUUGCUGUCAACAAAGGGCACUGGUUCCACUUCAACGACAGCACCGUGCGAGCUGUGGCUUCAAAGGAGGUGGAGAAAUGCAAAUCAUACAUCUUGUUUUACAUCAGGCAAGAAUUCAGGCUGCCGCCGUUCUAGCGAAUUCAUCCAACGGACUGACCGGCCAGCCUGAAGCACUGCUACAAACGAAGAAAUGAUUCCAUUUGGUUUAUUUAAUUUAAGUUCAUGUUUCUUGUGUAAUCACUGCGAUUUCGCGAAAGAAGGAUUUUCAAGCCCCCCAUCACACUACGCCCCCAUCUUUCCUAGCUGGACACUGAUCGACGCCCGCUAAGUGAUUAUCUGGAGAAAUUUAACAAUUGCUACACUCAUGCGCCUGCUCGUCAAUCACAGAUUUCAAUUAGGGAGAGGAAAAUGUUCUCUUUGACAGAACUGUUUCAGGUCACAUUGUUCGGGUUCUGUUGCUUCGCAAAAACUGUUCAGUAUAGUUUUCUUCCUUUGUGUGGAAGUCCUUGGACCUAGUUUUAUCAAAAUAAAACUGAGAAAAACCUAAA